CCAUCCCAGCCCGGCCCGAAAUCUGGCAAAGCGCGUACGUCUGCGGACGCACGCAUCCUCCCCGUCCAGCCAACCAAUGCUCGCCAUCACUGCCCCGCAGACCCCGCCUGUGCCUCAUUUAUAUUCUCUCCCUCGUCGCCCGGCCAGAUCGGCCCAUCCCUUUCCUCCCUGCCACUCUUUGACCCCUGUGCCGCGUCCCGACCCCCGCCACCCACCUCGCUCCACUGCACGCUCGUCACUCCCUACUGAGAUAGCACAGUGGACAGCGGCGUCGGUGGUAGGAGUGUGCAAGCGCGUGCGACGAGGGGUCUGGAGAUGUCGCCGCCAAUCUCGCUCUGCGUCUUCGUCCUCCUCUCCUCCCUCCUCGCGGCGGCCAGGGCCGAGGACCCCUACCGCUUCUACACCUGGAACGUCACCUUCGGCGACAUCUACCCGCUCGGCGUCAAGCAGCAGGGGAUCCUGAUCAACGGGCAGUUCCCGGGGCCGCAGAUCGACGCCGUCACCAACGACAACAUCGUCAUCAACGUCUUCAACAACCUGCCCGCACCAUUCCUCCUCUCCUGGCAGGGGAUUCAGCAGAGGAGGAGCUCAUGGCAAGACGGCGUGUACGGCACAAACUGCCCGAUCCCUCCAGGGGGCAAUUUCACCUACAACAUGCAGUUCAAGGACCAGAUCGGGAGCUACUACUACUUCCCUUCUCUCGCGUUCCAUAAGGCGGCGGGCGGGUACGGUGGCAUCAGGGUCCUUAGCCGCCCGAGGAUCCCUGUUCCGUUUGACCCCCCUGCCGGUGAUUUCACCAUCUUGGCUGGUGACUGGUUCAAGCUCAACCACACUGAUUUGAAAGGCAUUCUGGACAGUGGUAACGACCUUCCCUUCCCUGAUGGUCUCCUUAUCAAUGGCCAUGGCUCGAAUGGCAACAAGUUCACAGUAGACCAAGGCAAAACAUACCGUUUUCGAGUGUCGAACGUGGGCAUCUCGACCUCGGUGAACAUAAGGAUCCAGGGCCAUUCCUUGCUCCUGGUGGAGGUGGAGGGGUCGCACACCAUGCAGAACACCUACUCGUCGCUUGACGUCCACCUAGGCCAGUCCUACUCGUUCCUCGUGACGGCCGACCAGCCACCCCAGGACUACACCAUCGUCGUCUCGACGCGCUUCACCAACCCCGUGCUCACCAACACCGCCACGCUCCAUUACAGCAACUCGAAUGGCGUCCCCGCGGCGUUGCCGCCUCCCCCAGGGCCGACGAUCGAGAUCGACUGGUCUCUGAAUCAGGCCAGAUCAAUCCGGUGGAACCUGACGGCAAGCGGACCAAGGCCGAACCCUCAAGGCUCAUACCACUACGGCCAAGUGAACACGACGAGAACGAUGAGGCUCGCCAACUCGCGGGUCUCCAUCAACGGCAAGCUGAGGUACGCGGUGAACAGCGUGUCCUUCAUCCCGGCCGACACCCCGCUCAAGGUGGCCGACUUCUACAACAUCCAGGGCGUGUUCACGCUGGGUAGCAUGCCCGACGUCCCGUCCGGCGGCCCCGCGUACCUCCAGACGGCCGUCAUGGCGUCCAACAUGAGGGACUACGUCGAGGUCGUCUUCGAGAACGCCGAGGGCUCUGUGCAGUCCUGGCACAUCGACGGCUACGCCUUCUGGGUCGUGGGGAUGGACGGAGGGCAGUGGACGCCGGCGAGCCGUCAGAACUACAACCUGAGGGACGCGAUCGCCCGGUACACGUUGCAGGUGUAUCCUGGGGCGUGGACGGCGAUCUACAUGCCGCUGGACAACGUGGGGAUGUGGAACGUGCGGUCGGAGAGCUGGGGCAGGCAGUACCUGGGCCAGCAGUUCUACCUCCGGGUCUACUCGCCGGCCAACUCGUGGCGGGACGAGAACCCCAUCCCCAAGAACGCGCUGCUCUGCGGCCGCGCCUCCGGCCGCCGGACCAGGCCACUCUGAAGUCGGUUUUCGUGUCACGAAGGGGUGACUGAAUCUGAGAAUCAGGUUGCUGAGCUCCAAAUUCUUUUGACUGAAAACAAGCUUUGAGAUGGUUUGCAUUUGUAGCGGCGUGCCGGUGCUAUUCGUGAUUCUUUUCGUGGAAAUUGUAGGCAAAAUGUUAUGUAUGGCAAGCAUCUUGCUUGCUCUCAUAUUUUGAACUGCAAAAACGCCUUAUAUUUAGUUACAGAGGUAGUACUACAUUAUUACUUGAUGGUAUGGAUAUCUGUAGAUGAACUUGAAUUAAACAAGCAAAUUGCCAAUUA